UUUUUUAUCAUAUCUAAAGUGAGACGUACCAUAAGAAAAUUGUAUAAAACCCGAGUAGCACGCCCUUAGUUUUCGAUCGUGGUUACUAUAAGUGCUCCACGGGUGUAUGAUGUGCCCCGUCUAUGUUCUCCUCGUGUGGACGUGGGGUUUUUGUCCCAAAGCUGAACCGGUCUUGUUAGUUGGCUUAUCUGAAGAUUCAGAUUCUCAACUGUCCUGUGUGAAUGUGGUGGUGUUAAUGAAUAUACGCAAUGAUGGACUGACGUCCCGUCCAGGUAGUAGCUCCUUUUGCACGUCACACACCGGAGAAAAAGUAGUUCAGUGCUUUUCAGAAGGGUAGAGAGCUGGUACCUGUAUGGCGAUUUCUUGCACCGUUUUUUGCUGUGAAUGUCGUCUUUUAGGCAUUGGCCGUGUUUUACCGUGUCAAAUUUAAAGAAGAUGCACCGCAUUUCACUGCUGAAUUGGACGAGUAAUAAAACGAGAGUGACACAAUUAAUAUAAGGUCGACCGAAGAGUUACAUUUUUUACAUUUUUUUAUGUGGUUUGUUUCUCUGUUUCAGAUAACAAAAUGGAUUUUCUGACAUUAUUUGCAAUUUAUGGCAUAGUCGUUCUGGGCUGCAUUUUGCUAAUGUGCACAUAUACCAGCCAGGUGGAGACAUCACUUGGAAGGCUGGGUAACUUUUCCACCAAGGUCUCUUCCCUUUUUCUGCCAGAAUGGCUGCAGACAACACUACGUGGUGCGUUCCAUCGUCUUUUCCACCAGCAAAACCGUUUGUUUGUUGCCCUACACUUCAUGCUGGAGGCAGCUGUGUAUGGGGAGUUUACUUUUGAAGUUUUUGGUUACUGCAGAGAAAUGGGAUUUGGAAUUAACGGCCUCCUGUGGCCUUAUUGGCUGUUUGCGGUGAAGACCUAUUUCUUCUAUAGAUGCAGCACCAAAGAUCCUGGCACUAUCAAAAGGUCCAAUCAUGGCCAACUUCUUCAAGUGUAUCCAUAUGAUGGAUUAAUGUUCCGGGAAGCCACAUCCUGCCCCACAUGUGAAUUUGUGAAGCCAGCUCGUUCAAAGCACUGCUGGAUCUGCAACAGAUGUGUUCAUCGUUUUGAUCACCACUGUGUCUGGGUGAACAACUGCAUUGGUGCUCUCAAUCUUAAAUACUUCCUUGCUUACUUGGUCACGCUGACGGCUGCAGUAGCAAGUGUUACUUUGUUGACAGGUGGGCUACUCUUGCAGGCGGUGCUUAGUUCAGAUCUCAUCAAUGCAACCUACAUUGACAACAGCGGACUGACACAUCCAGUUGGGCUUCUCUUCAUCAUUCAGCAUCUGUUCCUGACAUUCCCUCGAAUUGUCUUCAUGCUGGGUUUUCUGAUCUUCCUCUUCCUGUUGCUGGUGGGAUACACAUUUUUCCACUUCUACCUGUCUCUUAGUAACAAGACCUCCAAUGAGUGGUACAAGCUGAGAAGUUUAGUAUUGUGCCAUCACCUUCAUAACUCGCAAGGGAACAUUUACUUUAAGGGACUUGUGGCCAAUCUGAAAGAGAUCUUUCAACCUGUCAACACUUCUGAGAAGAAAAGCAACUGAUGGUGAUGCCUAAAAUAAGCUGAGGUGGGGGUCUGUCACAGUCAGUGCUAUUAUGGAAUAUUUUUAUGCAACAGUUGCUGUUUUUAUUGUCCAUUGAAUACAGCUCAGCUGGUAGAACAUCUUGAGUUACAGGCCGUAUGGCAGACUUUUCCUAGGUGUUGAUGUGUGUGUUCUGUGUGGUAUAGGCGCCAACAUGACUUGGACAUUCCCCUUUCAGCAAGGAGCCCGAGUUGCAGUUUUUCCAAAGAAAGCUGUAAAAACAUGAGAACAAUCAGUACACUUAUUUAUCAAUCAUGGUAAGGGAAUGGGGAGAAAAGAUGUUUUGAUAGACCAAAAUAUAUAAAUAUAUUUAUAUAAAAGAAGUCUCUGAUUUAUUAACACACUCUGUUCAAGGCAAUGCAAUUCAAAGCUAUGGCAGUCAUUAUUCCUUUCAGGAAUCCAUUCUGUACACUUGUAAACAGUGGCAUGGUCAGUCCCUCCAUACCUUCACUCAGAUUAGCCAAAGCUACUGCAGCUGACGCACAUCCUAAGGAAGGGUCCAUCCUGCUAGCUCAGGGGCCGUGUGCUUCAUAUUGGCGCUGCUCGAGUUUCUUAUCCAAGGCACUUUGAUCCAGUCGACUGUCGACCAGUAGAGAUCAUUAUCUGCUAUGUCAGCCACAUUCGGGCAUGAUGUGGAUGUAAA